AGAGUCCGGAACUACAUUUCCCAGCCUGUGCUGGGGGCGCGUCCGUUCUCCAGCCCCGCUAAGGCAGGGGGUUCAGCAACUGAAACUGCGCAUGCUCAGUGCGAGCCCCGGUGGGGGAGGGAGAGUAAAGCUGCUGUUGCCGCCUCAGAGUGAGCCGGGGCCAGUAACCUUCGAGGAGGUGGCUGUAUAUUUCACCAGGGAAGAGUGGGCUCUGCUGGAUCCCACUCAGAGAGCCCUCUACUGGGAUGUCAUGCAGGAGAACUAUGAGAAUGUGACCUCACUGGGGUUUCCAGUUUCCAAACCUCAUGUAAUCUCCCAGCUGGAACACGGGGAAGUGCCAUGGGUCCCGGACCUCCAGGGUUCAGAGGAAAGAGAGAUCCUGAGAGUUCCCUGCACAGCAGGUGAUGCAAUGGUAUGUGAGAAAGAGGAGCAGAAUUCUCAGCAGGAAAAUGUUGACCAAACGGCUAAACACAGAGAAUUAUUGCAAAGAUCGAAAAGGAAUGUGUCCAGGAGUCAUGAGCAGGGAAAAUCCUGUGAGAUUCAGCACAGACCAGAAAGAGAGCAAGGAAACCAGCCAGGGGAGAAAAUGGGUAAAUUUAUUUCCUGUCGGGGAACUCAGAAGAGCGUCAAGGAAACCACAACACAGCAGGAAAUCCGCAUGGGAAAGAGGAAAAAUACAUGCACUGAGUGUGGAAAAACCUUCACUUGCAGCUCAGCCCUUUCUGUUCAUCAGAGAAUCCACACAGGGGAGAGGCCCUAUGAAUGCCGUGAGUGUGCGAAAAGCUUCACUAGCAGCUCAGCCCUUUCUAAACAUCAGAAAAUCCACACAGGGGAGAGGCCCUAUGAAUGCUGUGAGUGUGGGAAAAGCUUUGUUACCAGCUCAGACCUUUCUAAUCAUCAGAGAAUCCACACAGGGGAGAGGCCCUAUGAAUGCCGUGAGUGUGGGAAAAGCUUUAUUACCAGCUCAGCCGUUUCUGUUCAUCAGAGAAUGCACACAGGGGAGAGGCCCUUUGAAUGCAGUGAGUGUGGGAAAACCUUCACUUAUAGGUCAGACCUUUCUAAACAUCAGAGAAUCCACACAGGGGAGAGGCCCUAUGAAUGUUGUGAGUGUGGGAAAAGCUUCACUCAUAGCUCACACCUUCUUACCCAUCUCAGAAUCCACACAGGGGAGAGGCCCUAUAAAUGCAGUGUUUGUGGGAAAAAAUUCCUUCACCAGCAGCAGCUUAUUAACCAUCAGAGAAUCCACACGGGGGAGAGGCCCUAUGUAUGCAGUGAGUGUGGAAAAACCUUCAAUCAAAGCUCAAACCUUCUUACCCAUCUUAGAAUCCACUCAAGGAAGAGGCCCUAUACAUGCAGUGAUUGUGGGGAAAAAUUCCUUCACCGCCAGCAGCUUAUUAGCCAUCAGAGAAUCCACACAGGUAUGAGCCCCAAUGGAAGCAGUGAGUGUGGGAAAACCUUGUCUUGCCACUGAGCCCAUGUGAGCCAUCAGAGAAUCUGCAAGGGGGAUCAACACCAUAAAACCCUCUAGGGCUAUCAAUGCUUUAAUACUUUCCUGAUUCCCACAUAGUAACUUUUUUAAAAGCUGUUUGAAGCACCAAUAUCCCUCAGCUUGUCCAGAUGAGUGAGUGACCCAUUUUUGUAUUUUGCAGUUUGACCUCUUUGAGGUGGACUCCUUUGUCCUUUCUAUCAACUCCAUUCUCCCAUGAGUAAUUCGAGUGUGCCUUUCCUAUCAGGAACCAGGGAGCAUCACAUUUAUACCAUUCCCCUAUUGCAAAGUUAUUGUUAGUCACCAGUGAUACAGAUUGUAUCAUUGUCAAUUGUUCUCAUGCUGUGCUGAAGAGCAGUUAUAAUGGGAACUUUUCAUAUUACAUUUAAAUGAAGAGGAGCAGGGGCAGGAAAAAAGUGUCAUUUCAGCCUCUGUGAUACUGGAAGGAGAUGUAAAAAGUGACAGAGUCCUGUGGCACCUUAUAGACUAAAAUACGUAUUGGAGCAUAAGCAAUAUACAAAAACCUGUAGAAGAAAACUUCAGUCUCCCUGGACACACAAUAGCAAAUUUAAAAACAGCCAUCCUGCAGCAAAAAUACCUCAGGGCCAGACUUCAAAGAGAAACUGCUGAGCUUCAGUUCAUUUGCAAAUUUGACACCAUAAGCUCAGGAUUAAACAGACUGUGAAUGGCUAGCCAACUACAGAAGCAGUUUCUCCUCCCUUGGUGUUCACACCUCAACUGCUCAAAGAGGGCCCCAUCCUCCCUGAUUUAACUAACCUUGUUCUCUAGCCUGAUUCUUGCUUACAUAUUUAUACCCGCCUCUGGAAAUUUCCACUACAUGCCUCUGAUGAAGUGGGGAUUCACUCAUGAACGCUUAUGCUCCAAUAUGUCUGUUAGUCUACAAGGUGCCAUAGGACUCUUCGUCACGUUUCACAGAUCCAGAUUAACACAGCUACCCCUCUGAUCCUUUGAAGGAGAUGGGGUGACUCAGAGAUUCCCUCCUUCCCCAUCAUGGCAGAACUGUUACCUUUUGUCUGAGCCAGGCAGAGUUUAUCGUCAUCACAUUCUACCCCUCCACUUCUCAAAGUGUCAUGUGAUGAAGUGUUCUCAGUUGUCUGUGCUUGAGGAUUAUGCUUUGACUUAUUUAAUCCUAUAGCAGAGUUGCUAUGACUGGAGAUGAAAGUAUCAAAGAUCGAGAAGAGGAAUUCAAAUGAAUCCUAAAUGCAAUGUGAUCAUUUCGAGUUUAAAUCUCAGGUUCCAUCUAUUGGUCAAGCCAAUUCUGGCAAGGUGGCUGCUUUUUCCCCCAUUAUGGGAAUGCUAGGAUACUAAACAUGUUGUAAAUAACAUAACUAUUGACAGUGCUCAAUGAAAUCUGUUUGAAUGGAUCAGAGGAGAAUGUGAUGGGAGAAUCUCUUGUCCUGAUUCUAAAUAAUUAGAUGUAACCUGCUCUAGAAUUUCAAUUUACACUUGCAUUGUCAUGUAUUCUACCUCUCUGUGAUCUGGGUUUCUAUCUUUCUUGAUGGCUGUGUGGUCACACAAUUAGAUGUUAAUUCAGCUCAGAUUUAUUGGAGAAUUUAAGACAAAUGACCAUUUGCUAAAGUCAUCAUUUCUCACUUCAGCUUUGCUUUUUCCCCAUCCUUCCAUGACGAUAUGGGGAAAGUUCAAGUGCAGUUCUGUCAAUAGGAGACAACUCUCCAAUUUACUGGCCAUUCUAACAAAGACACAGCAGUGAUUUAAAAUCUCCACUUGGAGAUGGUGAACAACAGCAGACCCCCAACUAACUGGAGGAAGUGCAUAUGACCAUGGUGUAGUUCAAUUGUUUAGAUCACUAUUGUCUCAGAUGGCUUUGUUGGCAGGCCAAGGCCUCCUGCUGAUGUAGCGCUAUCUACACGGGAUUAGAGAUGUGUAACUACGUUGCUCAGCUGUGUCGAUUUUUCACACCCCGAGCAAUAAUUAUACCGAUAAAUGUCUUUAGUGUAGACCAGUUUUCUCUUGUGUUUUCUGCAUUUGUAUCACUUCUCCCUUACUUUCUACUACUUUGAAAGAUUUAAAGUGUGACGAGGUAUUUUUCCUCAUGAUGCUAACAUUCCCACAUAGGAGACCCCUUCCACCAACAUACAUGGCAGAAGAACCAGAGGUAUAUGAACUCACAGAAGUGUUGGGACAAAGCACAACUUGAGCCAAGGUUCAGUUGUUGGCAGUGGGCAUUAAAAGAAAACUAACAUAUGUGACCAGAAUUUGUGAUCUUUGAAUAUAUUAGUAUUACUAGUGAAAAUGAAAUGAGAGGUGAUGAUGUUGGUUAAAGAGUAAGAGACUAAUUAUUGUUUGAUAAUCUGAAUUAUUUUGGAAAGCUGUCUUGUUUUUUUUUAGUUCAGGAAAUGAUGGUUAAUCUUCAAAUGUUAAUUUGAUUUAAUUUGCCCCCUGUAGUGUAAGUAGUUCUGGUAGAAAACCUCUCUCCAAAGGUUGAGGUGGGAGAAUAGGUGUUAGAAAGAGUGUAUAAGAGAAUAUUGGGUCUGUAUAGAUUUUAUUUUUUUGUAUUUCAGAUAGAGCAUAUUUUGCUUAGCUUCAAAGUCAAUUUCUUUUAAAAGGAAAACUACUCAAGGAGCCAAGUUGUAUCAGUUUUUACCCACUUACACUGUAAGCGUCACUGACUUCCCCACUUCUCUAAUUUGCAAAGGAAAGGCCUGACAUCUGUCAUAGGAUGUGUCCAGCAGGUAGGAAAGCUGCAGUUGGCAACCAUCAAUAGCAAGGAAAAGGCUGAAGUCCAUUGCCUUUCAUAUCUAAAAGCCACCUAGAGGCUGGUCUACACUGAAAAGCUAUGUUGACAUGGCCACAUCUCUCAGGGGUGUGAAAAUCCACUUCUCUGAGAGAAAUAGUUAAUGUGACCUAAGCCCCAGUGUAGACAGGGUUAUGUUGUCAGAAGAAUAUUUCCAGUGUUUGAAGGGUAGACAUAGCCUUAGACAGACUGAUUCCCUCUGAGAAGUGAGUCAUGACAUCAAUUCCAGUUUUGACCCAUCUCCCUGUAUGUGAGAGAGCUGCUAGUAUGGAGGGCUGAGCCAGCUGUCCGAUCACCUGGUUCAACUUAGGGAAAAGCUCUUAGUACCCAUCAGUCCAAAGACUGAGAGAAAUGUUGAGUUCCAACUAUUGUCAUUUUAGUAUUUUAUUGUUCCUUUGUCUCUUUUGUAUUGGCCUUUCUGUUCUAUCAGAGUGUGACUGUAUAGCUCAGUGCAUGUGUGAUAAAUGCUCUUUGGUGCCAAUUGACAGAAAGGUCAAAGUAAUUCACAAGAAACUCCUGCCUCAGACCUGACAAACUCACACCUAAUGCUCUGAUUUGUAUGAUGAUUAUCCAGGAAGCAUAGCAGUGAGAUCUCUACUGAAAGCUUGUGUAUUAUUGUUACUCCUGAUCACUGCAAUAAGUGUGUGUGAGUCCUAUUGAAGGAGUCAUGUAAGUAUAUGGAAAAUUAUGCCCAUAUGGUAUUGUCAUGAAAGUGAGUCACUCCAGUCAAAGUUCUUGUUGAGAAUGGCCCAUUCAAGGAGAGGGAAUUGUCACCUGUCCAUUGCUAGCCAGUUAUGCGAUGUGUUGCUGCAUUGUCAACCUUUGCACCAGCCCAGAAAAGCCAAUGGAAAACUAUCAGACAAAUUAUAGACAUCGAAACCCUGUGGAAGUGUAAACGACAAUAUGACAAUGAGGAAAUGGUCCUUUCUGUGAAUAGACACAAAAGACUGAUUCAUUUUAUAACAGGGUAGAGCAAAACACUCUGGGUCCAUUCACCAAGGAGAUCACUAAUGACCAGUGGUGCUUCAAGAAAGGCAGGGCCCUGGCUCCUAGGGACUAGCAAUCACUGCAAUAGACUGUCACCUCAGACUUCAAUCUCCUUAGGUAGGAAAGGUAACUAUUAAAAAGUGUAGGUUGCAUUUUGUGAUUUUGUUUUGUUGGUAACAGUUGAUUUCCAUCAUUCACAUUUGUUUGUUUAAAUAUCUGUCCCUUGUUAAAGAAAUUUCCCUUUGUUCAAUAACUGUGCUCAAGUGCUAUGUGUGAUCCAGUAGCAGUGGGCUACAGUAAAACCGGUAACCUAGGAUGUACCAUUGCUUCGGGCAGAGAGGAUCUGGGAUUUUUCUGAGCCCUGGUCUACUCUUGGGGAGGGAAUCAGUCUAAGGCCAUGGCUACACUGGCGCUUUACAGCGCUGCAACUUUCGCGCUCAGAGGUGUGAAAAAACACCCCCCGAGUGCUGCAAGAUACAGCGCUUUAAAGCCUCAGUGUAAUCAGUGCCGCAGCGCUACAAGCUACACCCGUAAGGGAUGUGGUUUACAUGCACGCGGCAGCGCUUUGAAAUAUCAAGUGUAGCCAUACCCUGAGUUAAGCAACUUCAGCUACAUGAAUAACGUAGCUGAAGUUGAUGUAGUUAGAUCGACUUAACCGUGAUGUCUUCAUUGCGGUGAGUCGACUGCUGCAGCUCCCCAGUAGACUCUGCCUGCGCCUCACCGAGCUGGAGUACAGUGGUCGACAGAAGAGUACUCGAGGAUCGAUUUAUUGCACCUACACUAGACGCAAUAUAUCGACCCCCCGCUGGAUCGAUUGCUGCCCGCCAAUUUGGCAGAUAGUAUAGACAUACCCCGAGUAUCUGGUGAUUGGAGCUGGACCCCAGAGGGGGCACAUUGAAGGAACUUGGGUUAAGGUGCCUUUGUUGUCAACUGUCAAGGUUGCUGUAGCUCAGAGGAGGGUGCUUGACUGUCUGACAGGCUGGUGAGUUUGGUCACUAACAUCCAGCUGCCAAAUACAAAAGUCCCUCUUCCUCGUGGCAGGUGGCCACAAGGAGACUCAUGGUCCUCAGCACCCUGAGAAGGGUCACAAUGUGCAUCUAUGUUGAUCCACACAGGGAAUGCUCCCUAUAGCAUAAAACUCUGCCCUAUGAAGUCAUGGAACAUGUGCUCUUUGCUCUGUGAAAGCACAUAAAGAAUCCAAGUGCUGGAGGGUAGAGUUUGGCUCCAGAGUGACCUAGACAAAUUGGAGGAUUGGGCCAAAAGAAAUCUGAUGAGGUUCAACAAGGACAAGUGCAGAUUCCUACACUUAGGAUGGAAGAGUCCCAUGCACCGCUACAGGCUGGGGACAGACUGGCUAAAUGGCAUUUCUGCAGAAAAGGACUUGGGGAUUACAGUGGACGAGAAGCUGCAUAUCAAUCAAUAAUGUGCCCUUGUUGCCAGGAAGGUUAACAGCAUAUUGGGCAGCAUUAGUAGGAAUGUUGCAAGCAGAUCGAGGGAAGUGAUUAUUCCCGUCUAUUUGGCACUGAUGUGGCCACAUCUGGAGUACUGCAUCCAGUUUUGGGCCCCCUGCUACAGAAAGGAUGUAGACAAAUUGGAGAGUGUUCAGCGGAGGGCAACAAAAAUUAUUAGGAGACCUAGACAUAUAAUUUAUGAAGAGAGGAUGAGGGAACUGGAGUUAUUUAGACUGCAGAAGAGAAGAGAGGGGGGAUUUGAUAGCAGCCUUCAACUACCUGAAGGGGGCUUCCAAAGAGAAUGGAGCUCAGCUGUUCAGUGGUGGCAGAUGACAGAACAAGGAGCAAUGGUCUCAAGUUGCAGUGGGGGAGAUCUAGGUUGGAUAUUAGGAAAAACUUUUUUACUAGGAGGGUGGUGAAGCACUGAAUGGGUUCCCUAGGGAGGUGGUACAAUCUCCAUCCUUAGAGGUUUUUAAGGCCCGGCUUGACAGAGCCCUGGCUGGGAUGAUUUAGUUGGGGAUUGGUCCUACUUUGAGUAGGCGGUUGGACUACAUACCUCUUGAGUUUCUUUCAACCCUAAUCUAUGAUUCUAAGUAGCUGCAAGUGUCUUUGUGUUCACAUCUGUAAAGACGCUAGGAAUGAGCAAUGGGAUGGAUCACUUCACGAUUACGUGUUCUGUUAAUUCCCUCUAAAGCAUCUGGCUUUGACCACUCUUGAGAGAUAGGACACUUGGCAGGCUGGACCGUUGGUCUGACUCAGUACGGUUGUUCUUAUGUUUUGUGGACAGAAAUGAGGCUCUUACAAAGCAGAAAGUGGAGGAGGGGCUCUAAAUUUAAAUCAGUGUUGUAGAGAGAUGUGUUCAAACAGUGAGACUCGAUGUACGGAAGAAAUAACACGUGAUCCCCAUCUCCUUCCCCAAAGCCUUAGGUGGGGAUUAGCUGCCAACAGCUGCGGCUGCUGCUCGAGGGGAGCGGUAUAAGCUGUCUGCCUAUGGGUGCAGCCCACCGGCUGGUUCUCUUGGGGCAGACGGUGAGUUGUUGGGCAGUAAUGGUGCAUCAGCUGGAAUAUGAAAUAUGAGCAGAGAUCUAAAGACUCUACACUGGCUUCCAGUGGAGAUUGAGGAUGCUGAGGCAGUGGAAUUUCAGCAUCAGAGUCGUCAAGAUUCAAAGCUGCUUGGGGAUGGAGAGGAGGGGGAUGACUCUACUGGAUUUUCAGUGCAUCCCCUUAACUACUCACCCAUGACUACCUGGCUUUGUCAUUGCUCUAUAGUUCUCCUGUUGCUCAUUCCCAGCUUCUGGAAAACAAUGGCUAGGGACACCAUCCCUGCCCAUCCUGGCUGUUACCGAAAUAUCGGGUCUGCCUAGCUGAGAGCCAAUUAACAGCCUGACAGGGAUAAGGAAAAAUGCUUUAUUCUGCAGAAAAAGGAGAGCCUGUACCUUGGUACAAAAGACUCUGUCUUACACAAAUUUCACAAACCUUUUAUACACAUUCAGACAAAGACCCUUGCGUGUUAAUACUUGAUUGGUAAGUGUAAAGUCUCAUGUUUCCCUUAUCUAAGUAGAACUAACUGGUUAGGAGCAGGCUCUUCCUGCCUUGAGGCAGAGGAAAAGAGAGAGCUUGCAUUUUUGCACUACUGUGUCCAUGAGCAGUACUUACUGCCCCCCCCCCCCCCACCUACUGGCCGCUUGUAAUCUAUUAAGGGGGGUCAGCCAGCUUUCACAAUCCCCCCUUCGGGCCUGGCAAGCCCAGACUAUAACUUUAUUACAGAGGUUUGCAGCAACAAGCCAGGACAAGAACACCCACUUUGAGGAGUUCAUUCACUACAACCUUUAGUCCAAUAGCUUCCCACCAUGCCCAGCCCUCUGGCUAGAAAUCUGAGGUAGCCAGAAGGAUCCCAUGUACAAUAUGGGGAGUGGGUUAACCUUUCAUGUCCUUGCUCCCAAAAACUGUUGGUAUGCAAAUUUUAAUAACAAUUUUUAAUUAAAAGAUUUGGCCAAUGAA